AACGUCCCAUUACGCGUGUUGCUCAUCGGUGAUUCCAUUCUGGUCGGUUACGCAAGCAUGGACUUCAAUGGCUUUCGACAAAAGUUAUAUGAUGCAUUUGUCAAUUCUGGUAACACAUCAGUCGAUUUCAUAGGGACUCAACAACUUGGAAAUGAUACGAAAGUCGCAAAUCAUUUUGAAGGAUACCCUGGUCAUCGAGUCAAGAUGUUGCACGAUAAAUUGAUUGUGAGCAACAUUCUCGCACAACAGCCGAACAUUGUCCUGGUCAUUGCAGGUACGAACGACCUGAACCAAGACGAUAUUUUAUUUUCAGCAGAUGAACCACGGGCUCUGGCAUUGUAUCGUUUCCAGCGGAUGUUGGAAUAUAUCACCUGCGUCGUACCAGAUGCCGUCACUCUGGUGGCUACGUUGCCCCCGAUCAAGAACGAGACGGCGCAGGCAUUGGCCGUCGAAUUCAACGCAGGCAUUCCUGCGAUUGUCGAGCCCGGACAGGUCGAGGGUUUCAAGCUCGGCGUUGUUGAAAUGGCCGACAUCGACAGAAAGUUCAUGGCGUGGGAUGGUAUUCAUCCCAAUGACGAGGGGUAUAGCAUCGUCGCUCAGCGUUGGUUCGACGCCCUGCUCAAGGUCCCCACUGGUUGGAUCCAAGCACCUCGAAAUCCC